AUUGGGUUCUGCUAAAUGUAUCCCAAGUGAAAGAAGGACAGCAGGUGGUGGUGUGGAACAUGUCUGUGGUGCGCUGUCAUCAACAGGAGAGGAAGGAGGAAGUGGCAGGACUGGACUGGACUGGACUUGGAGAUGUAGUUAGCUGCCUCCACCGAGUCACCAGCAUCUUACUAGCUAGGCAGCUACACACUACUAGUAUUUGACAAUGCGAUGGGUAACUGCUGGGGAUAUUGUGUCGGGCUCUUCAGGAGAGAAGCCAACAGAAUCCAGAGAGGAGGCGGUUCAAAGUACUUCCGAAGCAGCACCACAGGAGAACAUUAUACAAUAGAGUUUGAAAAUCUCGUUGAGAGCGAUGAGGCAGAGAGUCCGCAGCCCUGUCCGAGGCCCAUCAGUGAAGAUGAGAUCAAGCACCUCAAAGAUCACCGCUACGCCGCGCUGUCAGACCACCAGAUCCUGAUCGACCAGAAGCUCCAAGUGGAGUUAGAGGCACAAGAGGAGAAGUUGAGGCUAGAAGAGGAGGCUAGAAAUGCCGCCCAGCGCGAGGCCGCCAGGUUGGCGCGUGAACGCAAAAUGAAGGAGCUGCCUGGCCAGAGGAGCCGCGGGAAGGCAGACGGCUCCGGCGGCGACCCUCGGCGAAGAAAACAAAACUCCGGGGAGGAUUUUGACGUCUACCUCCAGAAUGUAAAAGCCCAGUCGGACGCCUUCAGGGGGAACCGACUGCCGUCCGACACCAACGCGGUGACUCCCAACACAGAGUGCAGCUGGGACUUCACCACCAAGACCCGCUCCACCAACGAUGACGGCACCUCGCUGGAUCUGGAGUGGGAAGACGAGGAGGGAAUCAACCGGGGACUCCCGGUGUGGGAGAGGUCCCGGACGGAGGAGGACAUCCUGCGCGCAGCCCUGAGGCCCGGCGGCAAGCAGGCCAGCAGCGGGCCGCCCUCGGCCUCGGAGGACUCCAACGCACUGGAGUGGGAGAACGAUUUCGUGGGGACCCACUCGGAGGACAAUGCAGACACAGAGUUUGAAGGGUUCGUCAACCCGGUCCUAGACACUCCCUCCGAGGACACCGCGGACGGCGGCCUCGUGUCGGACCGGGACAGAUAGUGUCCAGCCCCACAGGAGGCGCUCGUCGGGUCGUCUUGACGUCAAGGCUUCUUUUUUUUUUUCCUUCUCAUGAAAAGGAAACGUACGCAGAUGCUCUUCAUAUUCCCGUAAUCUGAGACGGAUGCUGCGGGGGAACGGUUGCGUGUGUCCACACUGCAGUAGGAUGUGGUGUACCGUUUUUAAUCAGAGACUCGUUUUUUCCCAGUGCCUUCAUUAGACUUAAUAGCAAACCAUUUCUGCGUUGUGAGCUACAGAGAUCAGUUACCACCCGACUGCGUUCCACACGUCAUCCAGCUGCACCAAACUGCAGAAGAAGUCCUCGGUCGAUUAAACCUUCAGUUUUAAUCAAGUUGUUGCAUGAUGUCUAAAAAAGAAACCGAAUUUCAUAUAAAGGGUUUAAAUAUUAGACCAAAUCACUGGAACCAAGAUAGUUCCCUCGGUCCCUUGUGUUGGAGAUGUCUAAUCAUCCUCAGCAUGGAUUUGUUGAUGUUCAGAACUUUCCUGGCUGUUGGGUUGAAAGCAGCCAGCAUGCCGUCUAGCAGCAGAAUUCUCAAACAAGGCGUCCGUGCACGCAUUCUGACAAGGACGCACCCGCUCCGUCAUCUUAGCGACGUGGGACUUUAAAGUACAUUUAAAACGCCAUGUCAAGCUGUUAGACAUACGAUUAAGCACACACACAAUGAGCUUUUAGACUGCCAUUUUCUUUCUUUUUCCCUUAGAUUUGUUUGAGAAGAUCUUUCAUUUCCUUUUAUGUUCAAAUCAACGGCACAGAACAGCAACAUCAUUGCCGGGUACGAAGACAUCCACAGAGUGCACACCACAAACAUUUUAAGGACAGCGGUUGUCUAUGGGUGCCUACAUUGUUUGCAUAGAAUUAUCUAAGAAUAUUAGGGCAAAUAUCCUUUUUUCAUAGACUGAGAAGCUCUAGUUGCUCAUGAUAAUGAUGUUGACAUACUGAGGGUUAAUUUUUAUAUCCACUGAUCCCACUACAACCUGGAAAAUGUGUUCAUUUAAGAAGAUGGAUUAAACUGGAUUAUGAUCAUUUCCUCAGUAUGUACGUACAUGCGUCACAAAUCCUAGCAUCUAAAUCAUCACACUGGUGAUGUUGGUCAAUUAUUCAAAAAUACACAGUGAUUGCAGGAUAUACAACAAAGGUGGAACAUAACAGAAAACAAUCUUUCCUUCAAACAAAAACCCCUUCAUUUGACCACUACUGCUCUCUGAUUGGUUGGUGGUAUUCUGGUGUUUUGCAUGUAUUCUGGUCUGAACUCACAAGCAGUCACUGUGAACUAGAGACCCAUCAGUCAUGCUCAUCUUAAGAAGCGCUGUUGGGAUUUGUGUGAAUCAUCAUUCAUGAGUUAAUCUUAACAGUAGUUCACUGAUUGCAUUGGUGUGUGUGCGUGUGUGUGUGUGUUAAAUGACAUUGACUCAAGUGAGCCAUGUGUGCGUGUGAGCGAAAAGAGGAAGCUGAUCUGACAGCUGUGUAGACGGGACCCAGCAGACAUUCUUUUUAUUACCCGAGUGUAUCGUUUAGUUAUGAACACAUUGCAAUAUUAUGCUUUAGUUGUGGUCACAUGAUCUCUGUUUUAAUCACGGUUUACUUUCUGUAAAAAAAAAUAGUAAAUGAAUGUAACUUUGCAUUACUUCUUAGAAAUCUUUAAAAAUGGGCGGGGCAUCGCACGCACUCACUUUUAAUGACUUUCUGUAACAAAAUCCUCAUCACAUUAAAUAGAUUGUUCACGUGGAUUUUGUUAUUUUCACACCGGCAGAAGGUGUGUAGUUAAAAUACAAGUUUGAAGGAUAACAAACUAUUAUUAUAUUAUGUUACAGCAGCACCUUUAACCACACAAAAGGAGGAAGGGUGUGGGCAUGGUCUAAAUUGGAGGCGGGGCUAUCUCAUGGUGGUUGAACUUGGCACUACUGUGGUUUUCUUUUUUAAUGAAUCAAUGCGGUUAAAAGACUUUAAGCUCAUCCACCAAAGCAUCUUUCUACUGUACAACUAAUCUGUUUUAAAUUAAAGUUGCUUCUGUUAACUUUUAUUGUAAUUUAAUUCUAUCAAACCAACAAACCAUUUGUCCCCGUAAUGUUGGAAAUGGGGCUUUGGGGGGCCAAAGUGGGCCAUUUAUAGCUUUCAUCUAAAUUAAAGAAAGUACAAUGAUGUCGAGAAUAAGCGUACACGACCAGUUUAGCGUGAGGGAAAGGUCAGAUUAGAUUAACCGACUAACUUUAGGGUUUUCACAGGUUACAGCUCGUACAGCAAAGGAUCAUCUUUGGAAGCUUAAGCAGAUGUUAAACAUAGAAAAACAGCAUUCCAUCACUGAGUUUCUACCUGUUUGAUCAAGUGUUAAUCAAACCCCUUUGACGAUGGCUUAGCAGAGACAACUGCCGAAUGUGAAUGCUGAUGCGUUUAUUACAAAGUAUUUAUUUCUUCACAUGAACAAAUCCGGAAUGUGAUUACUUAAGUUGUUAAAUGAAUUAAAAUAAUGUAUCAGGUAAUAUUCAGUAAACAGACAAGUUACUCUAAUAGAAAAAAGCCUCUGAUGUGAGCAGUGAUGUGUCCCUUGAGAGUGGGCACUACUCACAGAACUACAACUGCAACCUUUUUCCAAUCAGCUUUGCACCAACAGAUGAUUCAUUGCAGCUUGGACUUCCCUGUAAAUAAAAGUUGUCUUUGCAUAUUUGUGUUGGAGAUGGUAGUGGAUUUUUGCACAUAAAUUAAUUAAAUACAUGAUUACUUGACACCA